AUGAUAUCCCCAAACAAGGAGACAAACAGGAAACUGUCGCUUUUCACGUUCGACAACAAGAACAGCGGCCCGGAACGGGCCCCAGAGGAUGAGGCUCCGACCGCGCCUCUUUCUGCUGCCCAACAGCUGAAUUCGCCACUAUCGUUGGACGAUCAAAUGUCUCCAACUGACGGGGAUCCGGGGGCUUUUGGCUCCCUCAACGGCACUGUUGACGGGGUUGGCAGAAGUUUGUCCAAUCCGUCUGACUCUUCCUUAAUCUUUGAAAGAUCCGUUCAGGACCCCCUAAUCACAACACAGCCAGUAUCGCACUGUCCGCGCUGUCUGAAGCCCAAGUCUCAGUGCCACCACAACUCCAUCCUCAACCUUCCACAGCACAUAAACUCCGAGAACUUCAUUCCACCUGCGCUGGAUUCCACAGCCUCUCUAUUGAAUUCUACGAAGAAUCUGGAUGAUGUGGACAUGGUGUAUUCACCAAGAAGACCUUCCACUAUCAACUUGUCUUAUGCUCUUGGCGAAAGACAGAGCGAAAGACCUUCACUUUCUAAGCGCAGUUCUGCGGUUCUUCAGUCGCCUUCUUCGACAAAUCUACGCACCGAGGGCUCAAAAUCUACACUCUCUUUCUUUUCCUAUGCUGAUAUGAUCAACAACGAGGACUCGGAGGCAAACUAUCAGAGACGGCCUUCCAUCUCACAGACUCUGUCGCAGUCAUUUUUAGGCAAUCCAAGAUUGUCACGCACCAAUUCGGCUGCAUCAAAACUGAGGUCCGUGCCUCAGGUGCCGACUCUGAAUACGGCACCUUCGAGCGCAGUCUCUGGUUCUUUGGUGUCGCCCGCUUCCUUGUCUCCAGCUCUGAACAGGCCUGGAAACCCCCAUUACAACUUCAGGAAGUUUGCGUUAGACUCACCCAGCGAGUCCGACGACGACGAAAAGCCAUUGACGAACGGCUCGUUCUCCUCUGCCCACUCGAAAACGCGCGAUGCCAGGCUCUCGGUGUCACAUUCUAUGUCGUCUGCGAACUCGAAGCUUGGCAGUGUGGACGAUGUGUUGGAUGAAGACGAGGCAUUUGUGACCAGGAAUGUUGGUGACACAUUGCGCAGAUACACGGGUGAGCUGAGAGGAUAG